AACAGUGUUACCGCCACCGGAAGGACGUUCACUGUGGGGAGGGGAGAAAAUCUGAACACUCUCUUAGUUCAGGACACACGCUAUGGUUUUACCGAGGAGAAAUACCCAAAUCACGGCUAGCGAGCAGAUUUUUGAGGGUUAAUUGCUGGUCAGUGUAUUUACCGCUGACCCGACGAGCUUACACGAAAACUAUGCAGGCGGCAGAACGAAUGUUAGCGCUGUAAAUAUUGCAGAAUGAAGAAUGAGGCAAAUAAGUUACUGCUAACAGUCUCCUGACAGACUGACAGUUUGCUUAACAACAUAUAAGUUAGAUUAACAACCACGAGUGUCUGAGUUGUUGCAUAUCCAGCAAGUGUUUAGUUGCGUUGAAUGGCCAUGACGACCAGCGCAGAGCGGAAGUUUAUUAAUCUGCGCAAGCGUUUGGAUCAGCUGGGUUACAGACAGCCACUGGCCAUUGAGUCCCUGCCAUUGGUCGAGAAACUUUUCAGUGACCUGGUCCACACCACAGAGAGUUUAAGGAAUGCCAAGCUUGCUGCAGGUAAGACGGAAAAGGAGAGCCGGAAUCUGGAUACAAUUUUGGAGCCGCAUAAAGCUGAUAAUGCCCGACUGGUCAAAGAGAACAAUGAGCUGCAUCUUGGGCUUCUGAAACUGAAAGAGGAGAAGGAUCGGAUCACCAGAGAUCUGAAGGCAUAUAUCAGAAAACUAGACCAUGAAACCUCAGAUCUGAAAUUCCUCAAUAAUCAGUAUGUGCACAAAGUUCGGUCCCUCGAGAAAGACAGCCAAGCCAAGACGGAGCGUAUCUUGCAGCUGCAGGAGAAGAACAUGCAAGCUGUUGUUCAAACGCCAGGCGGGAAGAAGCGAUCAGUCCCAUUCAGACGUCAGCGGAUGCAGAUAGAUGAACUCCUCCCACUUUGUGGCCCCACCCCUCCAUCUGUGGGACAGCCAGAUGAUCCGUACAUUGCUGACCUUCUGCAGGUUGCUGAUGACAGGAUCCAGGAGCUCCAGAAUGAAGUGGCACAACUGAAGCUUGACCUGGAAAGAGCGCAGGCUGGAAUUAAGCAUCUUAACAAUCAGGUGGAAGAGCGCGACAAAGAGAUUGAACGUCUAAAUCGAGCUCUGGAUGGGGGUCGACCUAACGAUGUCAUCUCUCUGGAGGCUCAAAACAUCAGCAAUGAAAAGCUAAUUGCUCAUCUAAACCUACAGAUUGAGUACCUACAAGAGACAAACAGAUCCCUGGAAGAGAGAGUUGAAACGCUGCAGCAGAGAAAGAAGACCGUGUCCAGUGAGGUGGCCGAUCUGAGUGUACGAAAUCAAGAGCUAUGCCAGGAACUCACGCAGAUAGAUCAACUUGCCCAGCAGCUGGAGAAAGACAAAGAGAUGGUACUGGAGACUGCUGACAUGGAGCUCCAAGAGGCCAAGAAAGAGAUUCAGCGUCAACAGCGGGAGAUAGGGAAGCUGGAGGAUGUCAUCUCUACAUUAAGACGGGAUAUGGCCGAUGGAGAUCAUGAAAAAGACCGGCUUAGGGAUCAGCUGCUUGAACUUCAAGAACAGAAUGAGAAGAUGGAGGGACUCGUGAACUUUCUGGAGGAGGAGAAGAAGAGACUUCAGGACAAAGCAGAAAAGAUGACGCAGGCUGAUAAGGAAAUGGUUAUGGAACUGGAGCGAAUGCGUGUGACGCAUGGGAUGUGUGGCAAAGAUCCUUCUCCUUCCCGUCUGGAUGCUUUUGUGAAAAGUUUAGAGGAGGAAAGAGAUUACUACAGACAAGAGAUGGAGCGAUACCAUUCUGUUAAGGGGAGAGCAAACAAAAGCUCCACCCCUAGUCCAGGAAGGGGGAGGAGCCCCAGAGGUAGAAGCAGCUGGCAUGGAAAGAGAAAUUUUGCUGAUGCAGAGCUCACACGGGCAGUAAAGGAGAGGGAUGAGCUGCAGUCAGUGCUGCUGGGCUUUGAGAAACACAUGGAGGACAUUCAGACUCGAGUUAAACUACUGACUGCAGAGAGAGACCAGCUCAGCACUCAGUACCAGCAGGCUCAGGAGGAGCUGAGACGUUUCCGUAUGGAUCUUGAGUCAUCUGAACUCCAGAGCAGGAUCAGAGAUGACAGAAUACAGACUGAAGCUGAACUCCAGAGAAUAACUGCAGAGAGAGACGUGCUCAGAGACAGACUCAAGGUUGCCCAGACUACAGCUUUGACAGACAGAGAACAGGAGGAUAUAAGAAUUCUUGACCUGGAAAACACCAUUCAGAGGUUGGAGCGAGAGAAGGCUGAUCUCCGCACUCAGGUCUCUGUGUUAAAGGAGAGUCGUGAUGCUGUUGAAAGAGAGCUGAAAGCUCAGUCUACAGUCAUGGUGCAGAAUAUAGAAGAGGCCGCGCAGCAAAGAGCAGAGAGCAAUGCACUGAGAUUGCUGCAGGAGCAGAUGGAACAGUCGCUGUCAGAUGUUCAACACAGAUUAUCUGUGAAAACCAAUGAACUACAAGCAGCCCACCAACAGAUUGACAAACUAGAGGAGAAAAUUGCUGAUUUCAGUAGACACGGUUCAUCUCAAAAGGAUGAGGUUUCAGCUCUGCAGUGUGCAAUAGCAUCACUAGACCGAGAGAAAGAUGCUCUGCAGGAUGCAGUAGACCAGAAGACUGAGAGUAUGGUGUUGCUGAAGGAAGAGAUCAACAGGAAGGAAAAGACUCUAUCAGAAGUCCGGCUAACCGUCACAGACUUGGAGAACUCUCUAGAUCAGCUUAAGAUGGCACUAAGCAGUCGCGAGCGGGAAAUCGCUAGCCUGCGCAGACAGCUGGACCAGUCGCAGGAGGAGCUCUCAUCCAUCAGUCGAGACCGAGAGGUCGCGCUGAGAGAAAACCGCAGAUUACAGGAUGAUCUGGCAACCAUGACCAGAGAAAACCAGGCGGUGCACGCAGAGAUGCAGGACUCUCUGAAUGAGAGGGAUGAACUGAAGCUCAGAGUUCACUCGUACAUCUCUGAAGUGGCUCGCAUAGAAAGCUUAAUGGCUGCCAAGGAACAGGAGAACAGGGAGAUGUUGGAGCGUUUCCGGAGCAUCCACUCUGAAACGGAGGACAAGGAAGUGAAGCUGCAGCAAGCUGAAGGACUAAACAACUCCAUCAGGCUGGAGCUCCUCUCGUCUGAUACAGAACGCAGACACCUGAGGGAGAGAGUCUCUCUGCAGGACAGAGAGAUACAGGAGCACUUGAACGCUAUGCAAGCAUAUGAAGCUCACGUAUCAUCGCUGGCAAGGGCGAUGUCACGUUUAGAAGAGGAGGUCCAGGCGGCUCGAGCCGAGAAAGCCUCGGUGUUAGAAGAUCUGGCUUCUGUCAGGGAACUGUGCGUUAAGCUCGACUCUAGCAAAGAGGUCACGGUUAGGCAGCUAACAGCUAAAAGCAUGGAGUUGGAGAGGGUGACUGGUGAACUGGAGGAUGUGCGCUCCGAGGUGGAGUUUUUGAAAAAACAACUGGCCAGCGAGCGGCUGUCGGUACGCAAUCUUGAGGCGCUACUCUCCACCAAUCGUCAGAAGGAGUUUAAGACGCACCUGAGCGCCAGCGAGAAAGAUUCUGAGCUUAAAGUGCUCAGGGACCGGCUCGCUCUUGCAGACAGCAAAACAGCUGGUCAUGUUAAAGAGGUUUCUCAGCUGCGUGGUAAAGUGUCUCAACUACAGACAGAAAUGGAUGUCCUGAAGAGACAGCUAACCACUGAACGCUUUGAAAGGGAGCGAGCUGUGCAGGAAAUGCGCAGACAAGGCAUGUCUUUCUCCUCUCUUCGUAGCUCCUCCCCUCUCAGCACCUCACUCAGCCCCCGACCUGUUUCCCCUGAGCGCUCCAUCAUCCGCACACCAGAACGCUCCAUAGAAAAAAUCCCAGAAAAAAGUGUAAGCUUUAAGGAUUAGGAGAGUUGUGUUGAAGACACAUUUGGCCCCAUUACUCUGUACUUACAGUACUUCAGAAGAGCAGCCUGACAUCUGUAGUGACAUUAAGACGUUAUCAAGGCAUAACAUGAAUUUCUUUGUUUCCUGGGAACGCUUGUGUCGGACCUUUUCACGCACUUAAAAGGGAAGUACUUCUGUACAGGGUAAAAUUAUGUUCCCAGUGCCAAUAUUUACAUCAGCAUUGUUUGUCUAUUUAUAUGUUUUUAAUAACUCAUGCAAGAAAUUGUAUUGUUAUCGUUGUUGCAUAAUACAUGUUUGUAUGUUAUUGUUUUUUACAUAAUGAAAAACCAGGCAGCAUGUAGUACUUCAUGUAUUAAUGUUUUAUAUUCACAAGGCAGACCUUUUUUAACAUGUUAGUCUAAUAUAAUGUAAAUAUUUCAAAACACGACUGAAGUGAAAAAUUGAAAUGGGUUGGCAAUGAAACGGGCAUUGAAGUUUUGAGAAGUUGAUGUGACCAUGUUACUCAGGGCUGCAACCACAUGCCAUCCAAACCUGUGCUUUAAAUGUUUACAUAUUUAUAGGUUUUUUUUUGUGUGUCAACUGAUUAACUUGUGAAUAAACAUAGUUUGUAAUACGA